UUCCCAAUUGCACUCUGUGUUUGGGGUUAUUAUUUUGAGUGUGUUCAACCUUUCCUCAGAUGUCAUUGAACUCUGCUUAGACUGACCUUCAGGGCACUGACCCUUAAGCAAAUAGAUAGUGUUCUCGAAAAAGCUUGAAUUCUGUUCAGUGCUUUACAAUGAUGAAAACUGAAGUUGGAACGGGUUAGAAAACUUUGUGACUCUCCACAGUGGAGUCCAUUGUUUCUUCUGGCUUCUUCAAUUUCACGUUCACAGCGUUGUUGGCUGUGGACUGCAAUUACCAUGUCUGACUCGGUAAUUCUUCUCAGCAUGAAGAAAUCUGGAGAGGACAAUCAUGGUUUUGAGUCAGACAGAUCAUAUGACAAUGAUAAGAAAUCAAAGUUAGAAGAUAAGAAGAAGAAAGGUGGCAGCAGUCAAGUUGGCUUCUUUCAAUUGUUUCGAUUUUCUUCAAAGACUGACAUUUGGCUGAUGUUUGUGGGAAGUUUAUGUGCAUUUCUCCAUGGAGUAGCCUAUCCAGGCGUACUACUGAUUUUUGGCACAAUGACAGAUGUUUCUAUUGAGUAUGACAUGGAAUUACAAGAACUCAAGAUCCCUGGAAAAGCAUGUGUGAAUAACACGAUAGUAUGGACCAACGGCUCCCUCUACCAGAACGUGACAAAUGGAACGCGCUGUGGGUUUCUGGACAUUGAAAGUGAAAUGAUCAAGUUUGCCAGUUACUAUGCUGGCAUCGCUGUCGUGGUACUUGUCACAGGAUAUAUUCAAAUAUGUUUUUGGGUAAUUGCGGCAGCUCGUCAGAUACAGAAAAUGAGAAAACUGUACUUUAGGAGAAUAAUGAGAAUGGAAAUAGGAUGGUUCGACUGCAAUUCAGUGGGAGAGCUGAAUACAAGAUUUUCUGAUGAUAUUAACAAAAUCAAUGAUGCCAUUGCCGACCAAAUGGCCAUUUUCAUUCAGCGCAUGACCACGAGCGUCUGUGGGUUCCUGCUGGGAUUUUACCGGGGUUGGAAACUGACCUUGGUUAUUAUCUCUGUCAGCCCUCUCAUUGGGAUUGGAGCAGCCAUCAUUGGUCUGAGUGUGUCCAAGUUUACAGACCAUGAAUUGAGGGCCUAUGCCAAAGCAGGGGCUGUGGCUGAUGAAGUCAUCUCAUCUAUUCCAACAGUGGCUGCUUAUGGUGGUGAGAAAAAAGAGGUUGAAAGGUAUGAGAAAAAUCUUGUGUUUGCCCAGCGUUGGGGAAUUAGAAAAGGGAUAGUGAUGGGAUUCUUUACUGGAUUCAUGUGGUGUCUCAUCUUCUUGUGUUACGCUCUGGCCUUCUGGUACGGCUCCAGACUCGUCCUGGAUGAUGGAGAAUAUACAGCAGGAACCCUUGUCCAGAUUUUCCUCAGUGUCAUAGUAGGAGCUUUAAAUCUUGGCAAUGCCUCUUCCUGUUUGGAAGCCUUUGCAGCUGGCCGUGCAGCAGCCACGAGCAUUUUUGAGACAAUGGACCGGAAACCCCUCAUUGACUGCAUGUCAGAAGAUGGUUACAAGCUGGAUCGAAUUAAGGGUGAAAUUGAAUUCCAUAAUGUGACCUUCCACUAUCCUUCCAGACCAGAGGUGAAGAUUUUAAAUAACUUAAGCAUGGUCAUUAAAUCAGGGGAAAUGACAGCUAUGGUAGGAUCCAGUGGAGCUGGGAAAAGCACGGCACUGCAGCUCAUUCAACGAUUCUAUGACCCCAGUGAAGGCAUGGUGACCUUGGAUGGCCAUGACAUUCGCUCUCUUAACAUUCAGUGGCUUAGAGCUCAGAUCGGGAUAGUGGAGCAAGAGCCUGUUUUGUUUUCCACCACCAUUGCAGAAAAUAUUCGCUAUGGCAGAGAAGAUGCAACAAUGGAAGACAUAGUCCGAGCUGCCAAGGAAGCCAAUGCCUACAGCUUCAUCAUGGACCUGCCACAGCAAUUUGACACUCUUGUUGGAGAAGGAGGAGGUCAGAUGAGUGGCGGCCAGAAACAAAGACUAGCCAUUGCUAGAGCCCUUGUCCGAAACCCGAAGAUCCUACUUUUGGACAUGGCCACCUCGGCACUGGACAAUGAGAGUGAAGCCAUGGUGCAAGAGGCACUGAGUAAGGUUCAGCAUGGGCACACAAUCAUUUCCGUCGCUCAUCGCCUAUCCACGGUUAGAGCUGCAGACGUCGUUAUUGGUUUUGAACGUGGUACAGCAGUGGAAAGAGGCACCCAUGAAGAACUGUUGGAAAGGAAAGGAGUUUACUUCACUCUAAUGACUUUGCAAAGUCAAGGAGAUCAAGCCUUUAAUGAAAAAGUCAUAAAGGGAAAAGAUGAAACUGAAGAUACCUUACUUGAGAGAAAACAGACCUUUAGCAGAGGGAGCUACCAAGCUAGCUUAAGAGCUUCCACCCGGCAACGGUCCAAGUCUCAGCUUUCUUACCUGGGACCUGAACCUCCAUUAGCACUUGUAGAUCAUAAGUCUACUUAUGAAGAGGACAGAAAGGACAAGAACAUUCCUGUGGAAGAAGAAAUUGAACCCGCCCCAGUUAGGAGGAUUCUGAAAGUUAAUGCUCCAGAAUGGCCCUACAUGCUGGUAGGGGCUGUGGGCGCAGCUGUCAAUGGGACAGUCACACCCUUCUAUGCCUUCUUCUUCAGCCAGAUUCUUGGGACUUUUUCAAUUCCUGAUAAAGAAGAACAAAGGUCGCAGAUCCAUGGUGUGUGCCUGCUCUUUGUAGCAAUAGGCUGUUUAUCUUUUUGCACUCAAUUUCUGCAGGGAUAUGCUUUUGCUAAAUCCGGGGAACUCCUCACCAAAAGGCUACGUAAAUUGGGUUUCAGAGCAAUGUUAGGGCAAGACAUUGGCUGGUUUGAUGACCUCAGAAAUAGCCCUGGAGCACUGACAACAAGGCUUGCUACAGAUGCUUCUCAAGUUCAAGGGGCUGCCGGCUCUCAGAUCGGGAUGAUGGUCAAUGCCUUCACUAACAUCACCGUGGCCAUGGUCAUCGCCUUCUUCUUUAGCUGGAAGCUAAGCCUGGUCAUAGUGUGCUUCUUCCCCUUCUUGGCUUUAUCGGGAGCCAUACAGACCAAAAUGUUGAUGGGAUUUGCCACUCAUGACAAGCAGGCUAUGGAGGUCGCAGGACAGAUUACAAACGAAGCCCUCAAUAAUAUUCGCACUGUGGCUGGGAUUGGAAAGGAGAGGCAGUUUAUAGAAGUGUUUGAGACUGAACUGGAGAAGUCAUACAAGACAGCCAUCCGAAAAGCAAACGUUUACGGAGUCUGCUUUGGUUUUUCCCAGUGCAUUGUGUUUGUUGCUAAUUCUGCUUCCUACAGAUAUGGAGGUUACUUAAUUCCCAAUGAGGGGCUCCAUUUCAGCUAUGUGUUCAGGGUGAUCUCUUCAGUUGUACUGAGUGCUACAGCUCUUGGGAGAGCCUCCUCUUAUACGCCAAGUUAUGCCAAAGCUAAAAUCUCAGCCGCACGCUUUUUCCAACUGCUGGACCGACAACCCACAAUCAAUGUGUAUAGUAGUGCGGGUGAAAGAUGGGACAACUUCCAGGGGCAGGUUGACUUUGUUGACUGUAAAUUUACAUAUCCUUCCCGACCUGAUAUACAAGUUCUGAAUGGUCUCUCAGUGUCUGUUGGUCCAGGGCAAACCCUGGCAUUUGUUGGAAGCAGUGGAUGUGGUAAAAGCACCAGUAUUCAGCUGUUGGAACGUUUCUAUGAUCCUGACCAAGGGAAGGUGAUGAUAGAUGGGCAUGACACCAAAAAUGUAAAUGUCCAGUUUCUCCGCUCGAAGAUUGGAAUCGUUUCCCAGGAACCAGUGUUGUUUGCCUGUAGCAUAGUGGACAAUAUCAAGUAUGGAGACAACACCAAAGAAAUCCCCACGGAAAAAGUCAUAGAAGCCGCAAAGCAGGCUCAGCUGCAUGACUUUGUCAUGUCCCUUCCAGAGAAAUAUGAAACUAAUGUUGGGUCCCAGGGCUCUCAACUCUCUCGAGGGGAGAAACAACGCAUUGCUAUUGCUCGGGCCAUCGUACGAGAUCCUAAAAUCUUGCUACUAGAUGAAGCUACUUCUGCCUUAGACACAGAAAGUGAAAAGACGGUGCAGGUCGCCUUGGACAAAGCCAGAGAAGGUCGGACCUGCAUUGUCAUUGCCCAUCGUUUGUCCACCAUCCGGAACUCGGAUAUCAUUGCUGUCAUGUCACAGGGGAUAGUGAUUGAAAAGGGGACCCAUGAAGAACUGAUGGCCCAGAAAGGAGCCUACUACAAACUAGUCACCACAGGAGCCCCCAUCAGUUGACCUGACCUGAGAACUUCGUGCACAGUUUGUGCACCAAUUACAGAAGUGCUGUGGGGUUUUUUUUUUUUUUUCUUUAAGCAGAAAUAAUGAUAUUUUACUUUUACAGACACGGUCAUACAUUGGCAUUGGCAUCCAAGCUAAUUUCUAAUGACUUUCAAUAGUAAUUUAGUUUUAAAUGUCUGUAUAUAGAACAUGAAAGAAACUAGGGUCAGUGGCAGUGAGAAUCCAACAUCAAGCAGCUGCUCAGCCAUCACCCAGUGCUUUCUCCAUGCAGGAGCCAGUCCCAGUUACUACGUGGGUAUUAGCAAGACUUGGAGGAAAUGAGACUUUGAAUUUCUCAGGGACAGAGAGCCAUCCUUUGCAUUUGUGAACCCUCAGUGUACACAAAUCCUGGUCGAGAAUAGGCACUCGACAAAUGUUUACUGAGUUGGGCCAAGAUCAUAUGGAGAAGAACAGAAGGACUGAAGACCAACUGUAUUUUUUGACUGAAGUUUGCUUGCAUGUGAAAGCAGAUUCAUUUAUGUCUAAGGAUGAGGAUGGGGAAAGGAGGACUUUGAUACUCUGGAUGCUCUCAGGCUGAAAGGAGCAGAAAAAGGCAAGUAUUAGCGGGAGCUUACCAGCCAGGGAUGUUGAUUUAUAGAUUCAAGGUGUAGUAUGUGGGUGGUGAAGUCCCCAUUUGCCGGACUAGAUUCUGCCGGUGUGCCUGGAGCAGGGGCUCUAUCCCGAGCCUGUACUCCUCCUCAUCCCCCUCCACAUUGGUUGCUGUCCUUUGUUUCUCCAAAUCCCAGCGUGAAAUGAAAAUAGUGAAUUUUA